AUGGAAAUUUUCACUUGUGUUUGUGGGAAAGUAGCGGAGAAGGCAGCUGACCCUGUGUUUGCAGCUGCUGGUGAUCAACUUGGUUAUUUGUUUCACUACAAUGACAACAUUCAAAAAUUGAAAAAGCAAGUUGAGAAGCUGAGGGAUAGCAGAGACAUGGUGCAAAAGAAAAUCGAGUCUGCUAAAAGAAAUGGAGAGAUCAUCUUUGAUAUUGUUCAAAAGUCGUUAGCUGAAGUAGAUGAUGUUUCUGCAAAAGCUGAAGAGUUUUUGGAAGAUGAAGGAAAAGCCAACAAAUGGUGCCUCAAUGGGUGGUGCAUUAAUCUCGGACAACGUUUUCGAUUUAGUAAGGAGGCAAAAAAGCAUACUCUAACGAUUUUUGAUCAACUUCAAGAACUAGGAAAGUUUGACAGUGUGUCUUAUCCUGCUCCUCCAUCUGGAAUUAUAUUGCCAUCUCAGGCAAUUAAUUCUGGCACAUUCAAAUCUAGAGAUUUGAUUAAGGAGGAAGUUAUGAUGGCUUUAAUUGAUGCUAACAAUGUCAGCAUAAUUGGCAUAUGUGGGAUGGGGGGCAUCGGUAAAACCUCACUAGUUAAAGAAAUCGGCCACCAUGUACAAGAAGCCAAGGAGUAUGAUGCUGUAGCGAUGUCAGUUGUCUCUCAAAACCUCAGUAUUAUGAAGAUUCAAGGUGAAAUUGCUGAUAUGUUGGGUUUAAAAUCUCGUCCAAUUCAUUCUGAAUCAGCAAGAGUAGGUUCAUUGUGGGAGAGAAUCAAGCAAGAGAAGCGGGUCCUUAUAAUAUUAGACGAUGUUUGGGAGACAAUUAAAUUGGGUAAGAUCGGUAUUCCUUUUGGGAAUGACCACAAAGGUUGUAAAAUUUUAAUCACCUCUCGAAGCAAAGAUGUAUGUAUUGGAAUGGACUGCCAGCAGAUAUAUACGGUUGAAACUUUAUCAGAACAAGAAUCUUGGGAGCUUUUUAGCAAGAUUGCGGGCCCGAUUGUUGAAAAUUCUGAUAUUAACCAGAUUGCAAGAGAGUUAACUGAUGGUUGUGGGGGACUGCCACUUGCAAUUGUGACAACAGCAGGUGCUUUAAAAGGGAAGAGCAUCCAUAGAUGGAAACGUGCAGCACGACAACUUAAAUCGUCUACCCUAGAAAUGAAGGGAAAAGUUUCUUCAUCUUUGAAACUAAGCCUUGAUUACUUAGAAGAGGAGACAAAAUCACUUUUUUUGUUUUGUAGCUUAUUUCCAGAGGAUUACUUAAUUCCUAUUGAAGAUUUGGUAAGAUAUUGGAUGGGUUUGAAGUGGUCUGAAGAUAUCGGUGAGACAAUUGAGGAUGUCAGAGACAAAGUUUAUGAUAUUGUAAGUACCCUAACCUCUUCUUUUCUCUUGAUUGAAGAAUAUAAAGAGCAUGUAAAGAUGCAUGAUAUUGUCCGUGAUUUUGCAAUAACUAUAGCUCCUGAAUACAACCAUAAAUUCAUGGUAAAUGCUGGAAUUGGUCUAAAGGAGUGGCCACAUAGGGAUAUAUUUGAAGAUUUUACAUGUAUCUCAUUGAUGGCAAAUUAUAUUCGAGAGCUACCAAAUAGGUUGGAAUACCCAAAUUUGCAAGCUUUAUUGUUGCAGAAAAAUGAAAGUUGGGUUGUAACAAGUAGCUUCUUUGAGAAAAUGACAAAUCUCAAAGUUCUAAACUUGGGACAAACAUACAUUGAGGCAUUACCUGAUUCACUUUUAUUUCUCACAAAUCUUAGAACAUUAGUUGUUAGUGCUUCCGAAGUGGUUGAUCUAUCAGUAAUUGGAAGACUAAGUAAACUUGAGAUUCUUUCCAUUUCUGAUUCUAAACUUGUUAAGGAGAUCUCUUCAUCCUUUAGUCAAUUAACUAAUCUCAUAUUGUUAGAUUUGAAUAAUACUAAUUUAGAACUAAUACCUUGUGGUGUUAUAUCUUCUCUUCAAAAGUUAAAGGAAUUGCAUAUCAAUAAAAAUUAG